AUGUCUGAAGAAAACGAUAACGUGGCUCCGAUGAACAACGAAAAAGACAAUUUGGUGUCGGAAGAGCAAGAAGCGACACUAGAAACCGCUGAGAACAAAACGGAAAAGCAAGAUGAUUCUCGCAACGAAGUCGUGGAGAAAAUGUUUGAGAACCUCUUGGAAAAGCAGAGAAAUUUCGAACAAAUCCAUGAAAAUAUGCUCAAAGAGGUUCUGGAAGACCAGAAAAAUAUCAAAAAAUCGAACACGGAAAUUGUUGAAAAGCUCUGUUCCCUUGAAAGCGAACUUCAAUUGAUUCGGGACGACUUGAAACCAAAAAGCGUGAAAGCAGGAGUUCCGAAGGAAACCGAUGAUGAAGAUGAAACAGAUUCAGAAUCUGAAAAUGAGAGCGUUACCAUACCGACUUCUGGAAAAUGCUUCGUGCUAAAACAUGUCUUCAAGAAUGUCUCGAAUAUGAAGGAAAAUGAAUAUCGGUUGUCAGAAGCGGAAGAGCACUAUGGGAUUGAAUGGAGAAUGUAUGUGCGCCGAACGAAAGAACAUCUUCAGUUUUAUUUGAACUGUCUGAAAUCGAUGGACACUGCUAAUUGGACAAUCGAAACUCAGCGAAAACAUGUACUAGUUUCGGAUCGAAUGGAAAACAAAGUGAUGGAAAGCAUAAGAAUAUUUGACAAAGAAUCUCGCUCGUGGGGAUAUCCAGAGUUUAUCAAAUGGGAUGUUCUGGAAAAAGACUUCCUUGUAGAUGAUAAACUGACUGCUGAAAUUCACGUGAAAAUCAAGAAAACAACUGGAAUUUACAAAGAUAAUCUGAGAAAUUUCGACAAGACAAUGGAAGAAUUUUCAGAUGUUGUACUUGUUGUCAACGAAGAGAAAUUCUACGUCUUAAAAUUAUAUUUGGCUGCUCACUCGCCCUAUUUCAAGGCCUUGUUUUUGGGAAAUUUCAACGAUUCGAAGAAAUCGGAGAUCAAAUUGACUGGAAUCGACGCAGAUGAUUUCCAGAAUUACCUCGAAGUGCUUUAUGGAGAAAGUGCAAUUGAUGAAUUCACUGUUGACGGAAUCCUCAUGGUGGCUGAUAUGUAUGAUACUUCAAUGGUCAUUCUCAAAUGCGAGCAGUUUCUACUCAAGGAAUCAAAGAAAACAUUGAAGAAAAAGUUGCAAAUGUCCAUGAAAUACCACCUGGAAGCAUUGAAUAAACAAUGCCGCAAGGAGAUCAAAUCGGUUGCUGACAUCAAAUCAGUUCUCCCAGGAGAUAUUCGUGAUUUGCAUCCAUCAAUUACGACGGAGUUUUUGGAAAUUGCCCUCUCUAUUCAAUAA